CAUUUUCUCGGCGAGCGGGCGUGCGUGUUUGUGUGUUGACGCGAUUCAUCUUCUUUUUUUUGAAUUAUUUGUGUGGGAAGCGCGGUGUUGGUUAUUUUUGUUUUUGCCUUAUGAUCAACGCCUGUGGUAUAAGAUUAUGAUCGUAUAUAUAUAAAAAUAACGAAAUCGAAUAUUCCUCAAGACCUUCGAGUCACGCGGAUUUGGAGCUAAUGAUCUGCCUUCUCGUUGGAUCCUGCAGAUGCCAGUAGUGUGAUGCUAUUGUCUGCAAAAAAUUGUAUUACCCCUAUUUUAUGUUUUUGAGCCAGAGCGGGUGAAGAUGCGUUUCGUGAAUAGCUUCAUACAUUUCACGUUCCCCUUCCUGUGUCGCUAUGAUAUGCUCGUCGUCACUUUGUAUUCUCUGCUACUUUGUCAAUAUGGUACGAUCAACUUCAUUUCCGUGUUUCUCGGUCACGCAUCGUUAUUUUCAAUACGGCCCUUUCUUGAACACCGUUGUUACUCCCACAGCCCUUACAAUCCGCCGUGAAGCGGCAGAGUCGCCAAAGCCGCGCCGGCACAGGUGAUUCACUCACCCCUCGGCCUCGUUAUAUUGAUCUAAAUUUCGGCUUUGCUUCUUCUCCUUCUUUUCUUUCUUUCAACACUCUGCCUCAACUUAUAUUCGGCUUCUAUUCUUCCACCGAGUAUUCAUCCAUCCGGGCUGGUCCCAUCAUUCAAGCUGAUAUUGCAAAUCAUUCAUAUCACGACCACUAUCACGGGCGCAUUUGGAUUUCGACUGUCACAUAUUUAUUCAUUCAUUAUCAUUGCAGAUUCACGCUGGGUCGUGAUAUCCUUCACCACAUUCAUUAUUAUUUUCGCGAAAGCGCUUGCUUCAACGCAUUUUUCAUUCAAACCGUCACAGUCUGCUUCUAUUCUGUCCGAGAAAGAUAUUGAAAGAAUCACCCAAGCGAGCCAAACCACCAGGGCAGUUCCGGUACUGUUAUUCAAAGAUGGUUGGCACUCAGAAGUGGUCGAUGGAGGAGAUCCUUUGGGUGAUUACGAUGGUCAAACAAGGGCUGAAAGACGAUGAGAUAUAUGAGAAAUUCUGUGGGAUAUUCAGGAAUGCGAGGCAUGUUAGAGGGGCAAGCAGUAUCAAGUACUGCAGGACGGGGUUUAUGAAGCAGGAAGAGUACUCUCAGGAGAAGUACUGGGAGGAAACCCCUGGGAAGAUAGGAUUCGUCCUUGGUCGCUAUGAUGCUGGCGUCUACAACGGCCAGGUCGUGGCUGAUGUGAUGCACCAUUUCCCAACUCAUAUCUGGGUCCCGCAUAUCAAGCCAACGGCCCGGUGCAUCGAUUUUGUCAUAACGAAGUACAGGAAGCUUCAAAACAGAUUCUCUGGCUAUACUCGAGAAAAUCCCCUCGUUGAACCGGUCCUCUGUCUUAUUAAGGACGGGGUAUCACCUGGAGAGAUUUUCAAGACUGCAAAUGAGAAUGGAAUUACGGUGGAUGAUAUUUAUUACAUCAUGGCUAGGUUUUGGAUGGAAGUUAAUCAACGCCCCACUGCCUUUGACAACUCAAACUACGGCCAUUCCGGGCCUUCAACAGCCGGCGCAAGCACAAGCCAAGCUGCCCCAGGAAAUGUCAAGGCAGGGUCACUCAUUUUCGAGCUGCCUCCAACGGACUCCAAAGCUCAUGGGUCUCAGCACAACGCCCAUCAGUCCUCAUCCGACACAAAUUCACGCUUGCCUCGUCACGAUCCCGAAUAUGAGUAUAUCAACCGGGCGGGAAUUCAAGUAGCAUAUCAUGGAGUGCAAGGGGAUUUUGAAUCGUCGUUGUUGAAUUCUGGAUACCCACAGGGGAUAUCAUCUGCGGCACCAUCCCAGACACAACUGCAUGCUCUCCAGCGCCGGUCUCAACCAGGACUCUUACAGCCAUCACAGCAGCAUGAUAUGAGAUUUCAGUAUCCACACAUGCCCCAAGAUAGUCAACUGCAGAACCCGAUGGCACAACAGCGCUUUGAGCCACAGAAUUUACAGGGAUAUGGUGGAGAGUACCCAAGUUCAACCGUUCAACAGAACAUACCUGGUCAGUUCAAUCAGCAAAAUUGGGUCCAUGAUUUUACCUUUGGGGGGCAACGGAGGGUAUCGGAACAACCUCAAUUUAGUUUCGGGGGCUACCAACAAACUCCCGGCCCCCCUGUCCAGGGAAGCUACGGCAGCUCGUCACAAGCAGGGCAGUUCUCAUAUCAGGCUAUGCCAGGCCAUAACAUGACACAAGCCUUCUAUGGGCACCCUCAGAUUCUUACCCAAGAACCCCCGCAGUCUGUUAUUCCAGUCGCGGGCUAUGAGAAUAUUGACCCAGCCCUACUGGGAAUGGACACAAACCAAGCAUCACCUCCAGAUUCCAGCAUCAUGACCCUCUCUCAACCUCCUCUGACCCCACGAAUCGCUCCUCAGGAUUUUCUACAUCCCUUUGCCUAUUCAGGUAUGCAAAGCGGUCAAGACGUAUCCCCGCUGACAAUUGAAAAUCCACAGUUUCCGGUUACUCUGCCACCAACACCGGAGGUAGCGGCGCAUGAUGGAGUUGUGCACAGAGGACAGUCAACCAUACCAGACCCUUUUGUGAGGGGAUCAGUGCUGACGGAACAAGCGAAGUUGGGAAUUGACUUGGGUCAUUCUAGUGGGAUGAACGGUUUUGAUCAGGAUGCUUUUGUUCGAGCCCUCACGUUAGCAAAUGAAGCUAUUGAUACCAACCCUGGGCAUGAAAACUCAAGUGAGUCGAUACGUUCCGUGUUGGAUGUCCCAGAUCAACACGCCGGUCAUAAAAAGGAUGGAGAAGGUUCAAUUGCUAACCAGGGCGGCCAAAAUUCCUUCCAAAAUCCAAAGUCCAUUCUUCAUACCACACUUAAAGAAGAGGUGGCGAGCACCCCCAUCGCGAACCAAGACCCGCUUUCGGAAGAUCAGCCCAUGGAAUUGGACAUUCUUGACGAGAUGGCCGAAUAUGGGGAGCUUUUCGAAUUGUUCCCGGAUCUUCAGUAUCAGAAUAUUCAGGGGUAUAACUUCAAUUACGAUGAGACUAUGAUUGGAAGUGGUGCAAUUGACCCUUUCGAAAAUGGCUUGUCAAACGAUAGUCUCGAGGAACAUGGUCCACCGCAGAAGUGGCCUUGUGAUAACAAAUCUUCUUUGGAAGCCAUGGAUGCCUUGAGCAGGAGUCUGGAAACAAGGAUGGCUGGCCCAUUUCUUACCCAAAACUCGUCUGAGGAUAACGAUGUCUCUGGUGGAAUUCAGAGUAGCGACUCUGGAGUGUUUGAAGAUGAUUGGGCGCCGGAAGGGACUUGUUGUGCCCAUCAUCAGAAUUUCGAGUGUUACUUUGAGGUUCCGGAUUCGGACGGUGAGAGUGCUACUGUUGAGAAACAUUGAUACUGGUGUGGGUUUCUCUCUUUCUUUCUGUUGAGGUCGGGUCGGGCACGGAGUUUGAACAAGUGAGUGGAUUACGGGAAGCCAGGAAAGUGUUUUAUACCCAGUUACUGCGAUGAUUUUCAAGGUUCAAAACCAAACGGGCUAGGUG